AAGCGGGAUGUACCCUAGGCAGCCAAUCGGGGAGCGCCGAGUCUCUGUCCAGCCAAUGAGAAGCCAGGUGGCUGUGGCGCCUCGCCCCUCCUCCCUGGUCCGCGAGCCUUCGGUACCCCUAGCUUUUUUUCCGCCAGAGCUGUUUCCGUUCCUCUGCCCGCCAUGCCGUUCCUAGAGCUGGACACGAAUUUGCCCGCCAACCGAGUGCCCGCGGGGCUGGAGAAACGACUCUGCGCCGCCGCUGCCUCCAUCCUGGGCAAACCUGCGGACGAUACUUAUCCGCUUUUUCCCCCUGGAGUCCUGGCAGAUUGGCAAGAUAGGGACGGUCGUGACUUUUUUAUGAUUGGGCACGGAGGGAUCCAGGGCAUCUGUGAGCUGGCUGCUUCUUCCAGAGAGAUCUCCUGGCAGAGGCAGCACAAGAGCAAGGAGUUCUUGCAGAUCAACAGCCUGGGGAAACUGCCGACGCUCAAGGAUGGUGAUUUCAUCCUGACCAAAAGGUGCCCUCCUUCCCUCUCCCCUCCCGCAUCCAGAGCCCAUGUGACCCUGGCUCUCCCCACUGGCCCCGGGCCCCACUGGCCCUCCCAUACCCCGUGGGGCAGCGAGGGAGGGGAAAGUCGAGGGAUCUGGCCCGGCGCGGUGGCUGACGCCUGUAAUCCCAGAACUUUGAGAGGCCAAGGCGGGCGGAUCACAAGGUCAGGAGACCGAGGCCAUCUUGGCUAACAUGGUGAAACACCGUCUCUACUAAAAAUACCAAAAGCUUCCUUCCUUCCUUCCUCUCUCUCUCUCUCUCUCUUUCUCUCUUUCUCUCUUUCUCUCUUUCUCUCUUUCUUUCUUUCUUUCUUUCUUUCUUCUUUCCCUCUCUGGCCCAGGCUACAAUCUACUCGGCUUGCUGCUGCCCGCACCGCGGACUGCCUGGGUCUGCCGGCGCGCGCCACCGCUGCCUGCCUUUUCUCCUUUGGAUGCAGGCACGUGUUCGCCAUCUUGGCCACGCUGGUCCCCAGCUCCUGACGCCGAGUGCUCUGCCCGCCUCAGCCUCCCGAGGUACUGGGACUACAGACGGAGUCUCGCUCACCCAGUGCUCGGUGUUGCCCGGGCUGGAGUGCAGUGGUGUGGUCUGGCCUCGCAGCAGCCUCUACCCCCCGGCCGCCUGCCUUGGCCUGCCAGGGUGCUGGGAUUGCAGCCCCUGCCCGGCCGCCGCCCCAUCUGGAAGGUGGGGAGCGCCUCUGCCCGGCCGCCCCGUCUGGGAGGUGAGGAGCACCUCUGCCUGGCCGCCCUGUCUGGGAAGUGAGGAGCGCCUCUGCCCGGCCACCCACCGUCUGGGAAGUGAGGAGCGCCUCUGCCCGGCCACCCACCGUCUGGGAAGUGAGGAGCGCCUCUGCCCGGCCACCCACCGUCUGGGAAGUGAGGAGCGCCUCUGCCCGGCCACCCACCGUCUGGGAAGUGAGGAGCGCCUCUGCCCGGCCACCCACCGUCUGGGAAGUGAGGAGCGCCUCUGCCCGGCCGCCCCGUCUGGGAAGUGAGGAGCGCCUCUGCCCGGCCACCCACCGUCUGGGAAGUGAGGAGCGCCUCUGCCCGGCCACCCACCGUCUGGGAAGUGAGGAGCGCCUCUGCCCGGCCACCCACCGUCUGGGAAGUGAUGAGCGCCUCUGCCCGGCCACCCACCGUCUGGGAAGUGAGGAGCGCCUCUGCCCGGCCACCCACCGUCUGGGAAGUGAUGAGCGCCUCUGCCCGGCCGCCCCGUCUGGGAAGUGAGGAGCGCCUCUGCCCGGCCACCCACCGUCUGGGAAGUGAGGAGCGCCUCUGCCCGGCCACCCACCGUCUGGGAAGUGAGGAGCGCCUCUGCCCGGCCACCCACCGUCUGGGAAGUGAGGAGCGCCUCUGCCCGGCCACCCACCGUCUGGGAAGUGAGGAGCGCCUCUGCCCGGCCACCCACCGUCUGGGAAGUGAGGAGCGCCUCUGCCCGGCCACCCACCGUCUGGGAAGUGAGGAGCGCCUCUGCCCGGCCACCCACCGUCUGGGAAGUGAGGAGCGCCUCUGCCCGGCCACCCACCGUCUGGGAAGUGAGGAGCGCCUCUGCCCGGCCACCCACCGUCUGGGAAGUGAGGAGCGCCUCUGCCCGGCCACCCACCGUCUGGGAAGUGAGGAGCGCCUCUGCCCGGCCACCCACCGUCUGGGAAGUGAGGAGCGCCUCUGCCCGGCCACCCACCGUCUGGGAAGUGAGGAGCGCCUCUGCCCGGCCACCCACCGUCUGGGAAGUGAGGAGCGCCUCUGCCCGGCCACCCACCGUCUGGGAAGUGAGGAGCGCCUCUGCCCGGCCACCCACCGUCUGGGAAGUGAGGAGCGCCUCUGCCCGGCCACCCACCGUCUGGGAAGUGAGGAGCGCCUCUGCCCGGCCACCCACCGUCUGGGAAGUGAGGAGCGCCUCUGCUCGGCCGCCCCGUCUGGGAAGUGAGGAGCGCCUCUGCCCGGCCACCCAUCGUCUGGGAAGUGAGGAGCGCCUCUGCCCGGCCACCCACCGUCUGGGAAGUGAGGAGCGCCUCUGCCCGGCCGCCCCGUCUGGGAAGUGAGGAGCGCCUCUGCCCGGCCGCCCCGUCUGGGAAGUGAGGAGCGCCUCUGCCCGGCCACCCAUCGUCUGGGAAGUGAGGAGCGCCUCUGCCCGGCCGCCCCGUCCGGGAGGAAGUGAGGAGCGCCUCUGCCCGGCCGCCCCGUCCGGGAGGAAGUGAGGAGCGCCUCUGCCCGGCCGCCCCGACUGGGAAGAAGUGAGGAGCGCCUCUGCCCGGCCGCCCCGUCUGGGAAGAAGUGAGGAGCGCCUCUGCCCGGCCGCCCCCGUCCGGGAAGAAGUGAGGAGCGCCUCUGCCCGGCCGCCCCGUCUGGGAAGUGAGGAGCGCCUCUGCCCGGCCGCCCCGUCCGGGAAGAAAUGAGGAGCGCCUCUGCCCGGGCGCCCCGUCCGGGAAGAAGUGAGGAGCGCCUCUGCCCGGCCGCCCCGUCUGGGAAGUGAGGAGCGCCUCUGCCCGGCCGCCCCGUCCGGGAAGAAAUGAGGAGCGCCUCUGCCCGGGCGCCCCGUCCGGGAAGAAGUGAGGAGUGCCUCUGCCCGGCCGCCCCAUCUGGGAAGAAGUGAGGAGCGCCUCUGCCCGGCCACCCAUCGUCUGGGAAGUGAGGAGCGCCUCUGCCCGGCCACCCAUCGUCUGGGAAGUGAGGAGCGCCUCUGCCCGGCCACCCACCGUCUGGGAAGUGAGGAGCCCCUCUGCCCGGCCGCCCCGUGUCUGGGUAGAAGUGAGGAGCUCCUCUGCCUGGCCGCUCCGUCUGGGAGGUCUACCACGGAGGCCAGAAGCAAUGUGGGGGCUGGACGUGGUGGCUCACGCCUGUGGUCCCGGCACUCUGGGGGGCGAGGCGGGUUGAUCACUUCGGGCUAGGAGUUCGAGACCAGUCUGGCCAACUUGGCGAAACAUGAAGAAUACAACAGACAAACCAACCAACUCAGUGACAACAAAAUAGGUCUACCCUGGAGUCAUACUCUAAUUUUUUCUAUUUUCCUCCCUUUCUGAUCCUUUAUCCCACUUUCUUUUUCUUCCUCUUCCUUCUCCCUCUUCUUUGUCAAAUAGAGGAUUGAGUUAUUAUCACUGAUCCAUAUAAAGUCCCUCUCUCAUUUAUUUUAACUCCCACCCCCAUUUCUAUUCCCCGACUUCCCAUGUGCAACCUUCCUAAUAUGUUUGAUAUGCAUCUUUUUGUUUGUAUGUAUUUUUAGAAAAUGUUUAUUGUUUUUGUAUGCAAAAAAAAAUUAAUUAAAAAAAAAUAAAAAAUAAAAAAUAAAAAUACAAAAAAAA